ACGAUAGACCGUCGUCGACAACCAAAUAUAUAAUUUUGUUAGACCCGGGUUAGACUCGAAAAUGCAAUUUUUUCGAAAAGCAUUGCAAUUGCAACGAUUUCUGCUGGUGCACUUGCACAGUUGGAUCGAAGUAUUCAUUUACAAACACUUCAAACGGAAUAAUAUUCGUCGAAAUGAAGAAGACAUUAGCGGGAAGUGUGUAGUGCUGACCGGAGGAAGUUCCGGAAUCGGUAGAUCAUCGGCAAGAGAGUUCGCUCGUCGUGGUGCAAAGGUUGUAAUUGGCGAUGUAGAUUUAGUGAAUGGACAACAGGUCGUUAAUGAAAUUCAACAGCAGACUGGAAAUAUGAAUGUGAAAAUUUUGGAAUUAGAUCUGUCCGACAUGGAUUCGGUGGAACAAUUUGCCCGAAGAGUUUCGAAAGAAUGUCCGAAAAUCAAAAUUCUGCUGAAUAAUGCAGGAAUCGGUGGCUCCAAAGAUGAAAACAUCAAAACGAAAGACGGAUUCAACAUUCACGUUGCUGUGAAUUAUAUGGGCCAUUUUCUGCUAACAAAUCUGCUAAUGGAAAACAUAAAAGCAGAAACCAAUUCCAGAAUUGUGUCAACCACGUCGAUGCUAAUGCUGAUAUCCGAACUGGACAUCGACGAUCUCAAUAUGGAUAGAUCAGGAUUCGGUCUUAUGAAUUGUCUUCCCUAUUGCAAUACCAAAUUUUGUCUUGCUCUGUUCACAAAAGCAUUGGGAAUGUGUUGUGGCUUUAAUUCGUAUGCAGUUGAUCCGGGAGCGGUGAACACGCCAAUUAUGCAUUCGAAUGACACUCCAUCGUAUUUAAAGUUUCUUUUUCGAAUGCAGAUGAACUCCAUUGCGACUGCAGCCGACGAGGUUGCAUCUGAAUUCAUGAUGUUCUGUGCUCUCGAGAAAAGUAUCAAAAACGAAACGGGACGCGUGUAUCGAUUUCGAAAGCCAUUUCAUCAAGCCAAUGAGAAACUGGACAUUGAUUUGGCCAAGCGAUUGUGGGAAAAAAGCAGUGAAUUGGUGCGAUUAAGUGAAAGAUUGGCUCGAAUGAAGUAGAAAAUUUCCAAAUCCAACUCAAAGAAUGUACAUGGACAUUUACGUGGUUUUU